AUGAGACCAACUGGUAAUGAGAAGAGCAGUGAGAACGCAGAAAUCAAAAUAACAAGCCAGGCAGAAAAUAAAGAACAGAAAGAGUCUCACAGUCAAAAGCACACUCAGAAAUCAAUAUGUGCUGAAAUUACUGAUAAUUCUGAAUUUAUAGAAGAAAAUAUUAGUAAAAUCCAAACUAGUCAGGGAAAUAUAGAAAACAUGGACAUAUCAGGUAUAACUGACCUAAGCCUACCUAAAGGAUGUAUUAUAUCAGGUCUACCAAGAACCUGUAAAAGAUUGUCAUUUUUAUACAAGGAUAAAAUAUACUAUGCUGUGGAUAGGUCUAUUAUAAGCAUAAAUAUAUCAGAGAAUACUCAGAAUAGCAAAGAGACAGUUGAAUACGUCACAACUGCAGAGAGUAAAAUAUCUUCUAUGUACAUUAACAAUGAUAUUAUUUCAAUAGGAACAAUUUCAGGAGAGAUUAUUUUAAUGAAAGAUAACGGAAAUAUCAUUUAUAAAAAGUUUAUUAAUGAGUUUAUAUACAAUAUAGUACACACGGAUAAUAACGUAUACGUAUCAUUAUUAUACAAAAUAGUCAAAAUUGACUAUACACAAGAUAUAAAACACGCGGAUAAUUAUGAGAUAAUUAAGGAAAUGAAUGACAUUUCAAUGUUCUUUAGUGUUAUUCCCGCAGAGAAUAGAGAGAUAUUGGCAUUCUCAAAUAGUAAUACGUUAUUUACUAAUUCAAUAACUUUGAAGUAUUCACAGAACAUUGUAUUUAUGUAUACGCAUACACAGCCAAAUGGGAAUAUCAAUGUAAUUAUAGGACUAACUAACAGAAAAGUGUAUUUUUACAGCUACAGCAAUGAGAAGUUGUCUUUAACUCAAAUAAUACAUGUACAGGACGUGCUCUGUGAUAUAAUUGUGUUUUCUUAUAACAUUUAUGUUAUAGUUAUGAGCAAUACCAUAAAUAUUUAUUAUUGCAUGAAUACUGCCGAAUGCAUAGGAAUGGUAGGACCAUAUGAUGAUGAAAUAUUAAAGGUAUUUUUAGAUAAAGACAGAAUAAGUCAAGAAAUAGCCAAUGAAACAGAUACGAAUGUAAUAGUAAAUGAAGUAAUUAAUCAAUUAUACAUAGUGCUAAGCACUGGUGGAGUGUUUAAGUAUACAAGUAAUAAUAAUUUAUUGAGAUUGCCUGUAAGAAUUAGUAGUAGCAAUAAUAUACUAGACAAUUCAGAGUAUUCUGAGGUAUACAAAAAUAUUAAUAGAAAUAUACUUGCAAUGCACGAAACAUUACAGAAAAUACUUCCACUGUGUAAUGCACCCAGCAAUAUUAUUUCUGGAAAUUUGUCUGGAAUAUCUCAUCUCUCCAUAAAGAAUAAUUAUUUAGUAACGGCGAAUGGUCCAACUGUAAGAGUGUUUUUUAUAUCAAGGAAUGGAAAUAUUGAAGAAAUAUUCAGACCAGUAAUUGACGGGUUCCCUGUCAAUUCUGUAAUUACAGACUGGGCUAUUAUGGAGAAUGGAAAAAUAAUUAGCGAAGACUUUUCUUUAAUCACAAAUAGCAACAAUAUAAUUAAAGUAUAUAAACCAACAGAACUAUUCCAAAUAAGAAAAAGGCACUGCGAGAGUGCGGAGAAACUAUUACUUAAAUAUAAUGAAAUUUUAAGAGAAUAUGAUAUGAACUCAGAGGGCAGCAUACAGAGAAAUUCAUUAAAUGAGCUACUAGUAGAAACAGAGUCAUUCCUGGAAUACAUUAAGAAUAUUUAUAAUGAGAAUGACAAAAAUAAGAAUAAUUUACCAUUCACUGCUAUAAAACAAGAACUAUCACUGACCACACUCCCACAUACUCCAGAGAAGGAUGAUAUACAGACUGUGUUUGAAAAUAUUAAGACAGAUUUAGGACUAUCCACUAACCAUUUCUUAGAAGUAGAUAAAAUCUACGGGUUUCCAUUUGAAAUAUCUACAUUCAUAAAAUAUUCAAAGGAUUUAGUUCUGCUAGGGUGUAAAUCAUCGCAGCGGGCAUUUUCAAAUUUAUUUGUGUUAAACUCAAAUUUAGAAACUGUUCAGAAGGUAUUCACACACACUAAAACAAUAACAAUGAUUCUAUCACAGGAUAAUGUUAUUGCCACACUAGGGAAGGACAGAAAAAUAGCUAUUUACAGGGUAAAGCAGGGAAAAGCCAACUUUUCACCAGAAGACACAGAAGAAUCCUUUAGAGAGAACGACUUUGGUGUAGAAUUCCUCAGUUCAAGAAUUGACCAUAAGAAAGAAAUACUUGCAGCAGAAAUGCAUGGCACAGAAAUUAUAACAUCAUCAAAAGAUAAAACAGUAAACACGUACAGCAUACAAAAUGAAGGUUUGAAUCUUAUAAAAACAGAUAAAGUGACUGUUCCUGUCACAGCAAUACACGUUCUAAUGAUAAAUAGCUAUAAAUAUACUAUGCUAGGAAAUAACAAUGGAUAUAUUUUUAUAAAUGGCAAUACAAAGAAAUUGCACAAUUCAAGAAUAACCAAUAUUAGAUCAUAUACAAGCGAGGAUGGUCAGCAAUUUAUUAUAACAGCCUCAGAAGAGGGAAUUAUCAGAACAACCAAAUUAUCUGAUUUACAGUAAUUAAUAUAAAUAAUAUCAC